GCCGUUGAAAAAUAAAUUCGUUCAUUGCACUGCAUAACACACACAGAGCAAUGGAAGAUUCAGGAGCGAUUCUCGCUCACAUUUCAUCUCUGAAGGAAAUGCUGGAUCAGGUAAACGAAGAAAUCGAGGCUAAUAUUCAGGUUACUCGAGAGAUCGAAUCCAGCAUCGUCAAAUGCGAGGAGAUCGAGGCUGAUUUGGCAACCAGGGAAGCCGAGUUGAUCAGAACCAGUGCCAUGUUGCAGUUCGACACCGUUGGAUACGUCACCGUCGCUGUGAAUCCGUGCUUCAAACGUCCUAAACCAACUAAUCGAAUUUAUUGGUUGGUGAUCUUAUUUUUUCUGUUCCACCUAUGUGCAGUAUUACAAUUUUUUUCUUUCUAUUCAUUUAUAGCUGAUUUCAGGGAUUCAGUAAGUACCUUGGAGAAGGAGUUAUGCUGUCUUAAAGUGAAGCGGGAUGAGAUCGUUAGUAAAGUAGAUGAAAAACGGGAAAAUUUCACAACGCUAUGUCUAGAAUUUCAGAGAGAAAUUGACAAGAGAGAAGAUUGUGAAGUGAGAGUCUUGUUGUCCGAGAAACAUUCCCUUGAAAAUGAAAUUCAACUUUUGGAUAAGAAAAAUAAUGUUUUGAAAAAUUCAGUGUUGGCAUUUGUGGAGGAGAUUCUUGAAAAUCUUCAUAGUUCGAACUCAGGUAGUAUUUUUUUUUAACCUUAGUCCUAUGAAUUUUCUAUAUUACUAUUAAUAUCAGACUUGAAUAGUGAAACGGAUUUUAAAUUUUUCUUGUGAUCUGUGUAUCUCUAGUGGUAUGAGGCUUUUGUUGUUGUUGUAUCUGUAUUUGUGUGAAUAGCUUGCGCUGUUUGGGACUAUUUCUUAGUCCUGUACUUUUAGGAAUUUAUUUUCUUCCACUAAACCAAACCAAGGACGACAUACGUACGGAAGUUAAUACAUCUGCACACAUUUUGGUAUAUAAAAUAAAUUCUUAAAGUUAAUGAUUAAGUAUUAGAUGUUGAUUAUUGGACAGUGAUGUUUUGCAACCUUUCCAAUCCCCUUCCCCAUGCCCCCUAUUGCAGCAUUAGAAGUUCAGAUACAGAGGAGGAACUGGGAGAAUGAGAAAUUGCUUAAGGAUAUCAAUGAUUUGAAGACUACACUACUUUCAGCAAUUGGGACCAGCGAUGAUGUUCUAUAAGUUCCUUUCUUUGAACAAUUAACUGGAGUUUCAAGUCAAUUUAGUCAAGUUUGGUCAUUAGGGAUAUUUUACUGAGGUUUAGACAUGGAUAGAUAAAUAUAGAAAUUUGGAAAGCUAUUUGAUGGAGCAGAGUAGAUGAUUAAAAAACUAAACAGCCAGCUGCUUGUUUUCUUGUUCUGGCAAGUGAUAAGAACAAAACAAUAAUUUCGGUUCAUUACUAAUUUGCAUCAUAUUCUCCCAUAUGACUUAAUUAAAUUUAACUAGAUACGGAAUAUAUAUGAAGAAUAGCGACUAGCAAGUAAAUGGCCACUGAGCACAUUAGGAAAACUAAGUUAUGGUCACAAAGUCCCAGGCGCCAGAUAGAGGCAGCAACUGUAUCAAGAGUUCAAGAGCAUGAAGCACGUAUUGUUGCUCCAUUGAAGUUGACAGGUGUAAAGAACUGCAACUGGGUCCGUGAAAGAUAGUUUUCUUGUUGAAUUAUCUCCCUCGCGGAGUAUGAUCUUUACAGGCAACAAACUCUUUGCGGUGAUGCAGCUUUUCGCGUUUGGAUACAGUUGGCGCCUGAGGAUUAUGCUGCCUCACAUGAUGUGGGCUUUGGCCACUAGCCACUAGCCAGAGAGGUGAUUGGUCAAACUGCAGACUUCACAAGGAAAUACAAAUAUUUCCAUUUCGUACUAUCUCUAUGUAUACUUUUUUUUCUCCUGCAGGGAGUGUUUGACAUCGUUCGUACCUGAAAAGAGACUUCCUCAUAUCAUUUUCUAGCUCUCAGAAGGACAAAUGUGCUCAUUUGAGUUCCUCUUUUUGGGUAGGGGUCCGGCUCGUAGCCUUCACAAACUUGCUUAUUGACAUUACGCAAUAGUAUGUGAAUGUUCUGUCACCAUCCACUUCAGUUUGGGGCCCAUAAUUUCGUACAUUGGUUCUGCUUGAGUAUAACAGUAAGAAAUA